AUGCCAUCUUCUUCACUGACUCUCACCUGUCCCCCAUCUUCUACACUGAACAUACUCAGUCUGCUCCUUACCUAUGAUCUAAACUGGAAACUUCACGACUCAUCUCCAGCUAAAACAGUUUCUAUGAGGUUGGGCAUUCUGAGUCAUCUCUCUUUUUUCCUCAACUCAAAAAGGCCUUGGGCAGUGGAACACAAUGGUCAGAUCAUCGGCCACACCUGCAUCUGGCUGACAGUCUCGCGUCUUUACAGGUACCGUGUGGUGAGCGUGACGCCGUCCACCAGUGCCCAGGUGAGCCUGGUGAACUUCCUCAUCAAGAGACAUCACCUGGAAGAAUGGACUCACGCACGCAAGCCUGGAGUGUCCAUGGACCUGAUGGUGCCGCCCAGGAGCUUCAAGGCGCUGCUCAGGACACUCCACAAGUACCGCGUGCCCGUCAUCACUAAGAUUGACAACGUGCAGGCACUCAUUGACGAGCAGAUGAAGCAGCACCGCGUCCUCGACACUCUGCCGCGAAGCUUCGACCACACUCGCUACCACCGCCUGGACGAGAUAUACUCCAUCCUGGACGGCGUGGAGACAGACUCGGAGUUGGUGACUACCUACGUAGCUGGCACCACUUACGAGGGCCGGGACAUCCGCGUCGCUAAGGUCUCUUCAGGCGGCAGCAAGGAAGCCAUCUGGAUUGACUGCGGCAUCCACGCUAGGGAGUGGGUCUCGCCUGCCACGUGCCUGUACAUCCUAGACCAGCUCACCUCCGGCAGCAGCGAGGCCACACGACUCCUCGACUCGCACGACUUCUAUAUCAUGCCCUCUGCCAAUCCCGACGGCUACGAAUACACCUGGACCAACAACCGGAUAUGGCGCAAGAACCGCGUGCCUUACGGAAGCCUCGGCUGUCACGGCACAGAUCCCAACCGUAACUUCGAUUCUGAUUUCGGUGGUCCAGGCACCUCCAACAGCCCUUGCUCCGACAUCUAUCACGGUCCCUCGGCCUUCUCAGAGAAAGAAUCCCAAGCCAUCCGUGACUCAGUGACGUCCCACAGACCCAGGAUGUUCUUCACCCUCCACUCCUACUCCCAGCUCUGGAUGACACCCUACGGCUACACCCACAGCCUGCCCGCCAACUACGACGAACAGCACCGCGUGGCUGGCGUGGGCGUGAACGCGCUGACAGCUGUCCACGGCACCAGAUUUAAUAUGUCAUAUAUGAGUGUUUCUUUCUCUUUAUAUCCGGCAGCGGGCGGCAGCAGUGACUGGGCCUACGACUCGGCUGGCAUCCAAUAUGCCUAUGCCCUGGAGCUGAGGGAUACUGGCAACUAUGGCUUCCUGCUUCCUCCUGAGCAGAUCCUCCCCACUGGUGAGGAAACCUUUGUUGGCAUCGUCGCCGCCAUCGAUGCUGCCAAGUAGUGUGUGGUGUUCAGUGACUAGCUCAACACAGCCACGGGUGGGAAAUUUAUUGUCUUCUGUAAUAAAUGCUUCAGAAGAA